CCCGGAAUUUGCUUGUAUCCUAUUCUGUUAAGGUUUUAUUGUAAGGCCGUACUUCUGACUGGCGAGUGUGGCCGUCAAGUUUAAGGUCUUCUGUGGCUCCCUUAAGUUGUCGGAGAAAUAUUCUGCCUUGUUGUCACUUGAUGGGCGAAUUUGAAACUGAGGAGAUGGAGGUAUGUGAUGCAGAUGGAGCUCCCAAUAUGGUACCACAGCAUGUAGCAGGGGAAUACCAUUGCUUGGUAUGCCCUCGCCACUUUCGAAGUGUUCCACACCACUUCCAAACUGCAGGGAAUUCAGUGCCAUUGCUGAUGCCAGAAGAAAACGCUGUUGUCCAUGCAGAGCUUUCUGAGUGCCAUCAGGAAUAUAAGCUGCAGCAGCAACAACAAAAAAAUGCAAUUCAAGAGUCAAAUCGCAUCGAUUCAGAGCAGCUACACAAACGCUUCUCGACUGCAUUUCAGAAAGCAUAUGCUGGUGGCAAGAGACCUGCUGCCAUCAUAGCCCCCUUGAACAGGAGGUGGAAAACAGAGGUUGUUCACGAUAGAAGAGGGUUGUCUACCGACCACACAACUCUACCACAAAACCGGUUUGAUGGGGAGAAUUGUGCUAAUUCAUUGUACAGUGACACUGACAGUGCCUCCGUAGUGCAAGAUGAUGAAUAUGAUGAUGGUGGUGAAGAAGAAAUAGUCAAUGAAGAAAUACAUGAAGAAGAAAUUGAUUAUGAAGAACAAGAAAUUGAUGAAGAGAAAGAAAUAACAAAUGAAGAAAUGGAAGAAGGAUUCAUGAUUGAAGAAACGGAAGAAGGAUCCAUGAAUGAAGAAACGGAAGAAGGAUCCAUGAAUGAAGAAACGGAAGAAGGGUUAAUGAAUGAAGAAACGGAAGAAGGGUUAAUGAAUGAAGAAACAGAAGAAGGGUUAGUGAAUGAAGAAAUAGAAGAAUGGUUAAUGGCUGAAGAAAUAGAAGAAAGAUUAAUGAAUAAAGAAAUAGAAAGAGGAGGAGGAGGAUUAAGGAAUGAAGAAAUAGAAGAAGAAGAAGAAUUAAUUAAUGAAGAAACUGAAGGAGGAGGAAUAGUGAAUGAAGAAAUCGAAGGAGGGGGAAUAGUGGAUGAAGAAACCGAAGACGGCAUAAUGAAUAGAGAAGUAGUAGAAGGAGGAAUAAUAGAUGAAGAAGAAAUUGAUUUUGAAGAAGAAGAAAUUGAUGAUGAAGAAGAAGAAAUUGAUGAUAAAGAAAUAAUGAAGGAGGUAGUUGAAGAAGGAUUAAUGAAUGAAAAAACAGCAGAACAAGAAGAGGGAUUGAUGAAUGAAGAAACUGAAGAAGAAAGAAUAACAAAUGGAGAAGUUGUAGCAGGAGGAAUAACAAAUGGAGAAGUUGUAGCAGGAGGAAUAACAAAUGGAGAAGUCGUAGCAGGAGGAAUAACAAAUGGAGAAGUCAUAGCAGGAGGAAUAAGGAAUGGAACUGUUGCAGGAGAAGGAAUGAACAAUGGAGCAGUCGUGGGAGGAGUUAUAAGGAAUGGAGUAGUUGUACGAGGAGGAAUAACAAAUGGAACAGUUGUAGGAGAAGCAAUAACAAAUGGAACAGUUGGAGGAGGUGGGAUAACGAAUGGAGUAGUUGUAGGAGGAGGAAUAAGGAAUUUAGUAGUCAUAAGAGGAGGAAUAAGGAAUUUAGUAGUCGGAGGAGGAGGAGUAACAAUUGAAGUAGUCAGACGAGGAGGAAUAACUAAUGGAGGUGUUGUAGGACGAGGAAUAAGGAAUGGAAAUGUCGUAGGAGGAGGAAUAGCAAAUGGAGGUGUUGCAGGAGGAGGAAUAGCGAACGGAGUUGUCACAGGGGUUGGAAUAACAAGUGGAGGUGUCACAGGAGGAGGAAUAACGAACGAAGGUGUCGCAGAAGGAGGAAUAGCGAAAGGAGGUGUCGCAGGAGCAGGAAUAGCGAAAGGAGGUGUCACAGGAGGAGGGACAACGAAUGGAGGUGUCGCAGGAGGAGGGACAGCGAAUGGAGGUGUCGCAGGAGGAGGGACAGCGGACGGAGGUGUCGCAGGAGGAGGGACAGCGGACGGAGGUGUCGCAGGAGGAGGGACAGCGGACGGAGGUGUCGCAGGAGGAGGGACAGCGGACGGAGGUGUCGCAGGAGGAGGGACAGCGGACGGAGGUGUCGCAGGAGGAGGGACAGCGGACGGAGGUGUCGCAGGAGGAGGGACAGCGGACGGAGGUGUCGCAGGAGGAGGGACAGCGGACGGAGGUGUCGCAGGAGGAGGGACAGCGGACGGAGGUGUCGCAGGAGGAGGGACAGCGGACGGAGGUGUCGCAGGAGGAGGGACAGCGGACGGAGUUGUCGCAGGAGGAGGGACAGCGGACGGAGUUGUCGCAGGAGGAGGGACAGCGGACGGAGUUGUCGCAGGAGGAGGGACAGCGGACGGAGUUGUCGCAGGAGGAGGGACAGCGGACGGAGUUGUCGCAGGAGGAGGGACAGCGGACGGAGUUGUCGCACGAGGAGGGACAGCGGACGGAGUUGUCCCACGAGGAGGGACAGCGGACGGAGUUGUCGCACGAGGAGGGACAGCGGACGGAGUUGUCGCACGAGGAGGGACAGCGGACGGAGUUGUCGCACGAGGAGGGACAGCGGACAGAGUUGUCGCACUAGGAGGGACAGCGGACAGAGUUGUCGCACUAGGAGGGACAGCGGACAGAGUUGUCGCACGAGGAGGGACAGCGAACGGAGUUGUCGCACGAGGAGGGACAGCGGACGGAGUUGUCGCACGAGGAGGGACAGCGUACGGAGUUGUCGCACGAGGAGGGACAGCGUACGGAGUUGUCGCACGAGGAGGGACAGCGGACGGAGUUGUCGCAGGAGGAGGGACAGCGGACGGAGUUGUCGCACGAGGAGGGACAGCGGACGGAGUUGUCGCACGAGGAGGGACAGCGGACGGAGUUGUCGCACUAGGAGGGACAGCGGACAGAGUUGUCGCACUAGGAGGGACAGCGGACAGAGUUGUCGCACUAGGAGGGACAGCGGACAGAGUUGUCGCACUAGGAGGGACAGCGGACAGAGUUGUCGCACGAGGAGGGACAGCGAACGGAGUUGUCGCAGGAGGAGGAAUAGCAAAUGGAGGUGUCUUAGGAGAAAGAAUAACAAAUGAAGUCAUAGGAGGAGGAAUGAAAGAAGGGCCUGGUUCCAGCAACAGUGACCUACAAUGUGUCAAGCAGGCAGAGCUUAAGCCACCACCAAUCAUCCUACACAUCAAGGACCACUACAGAUAUUUCCUGCAGUUACUUAACACGUUCACUGCCACUGUAAUUGGCCUUGCUUUGCCACGUAACCAAUAUUUUUCUUAA